CUCGAAUAGGGUCUCCGGAAACGCUCCGGAAGCAGAUUGUGGGACACUAACACUAGCUACCUGACAACCACGACGUCAAAGAACGAAAGCUGAAGCCUUUCUAAAAAAUUUACAUCUUUCCACCCUUUCCAUUCACUUCUAAAGAGAUAUUGGGUAUCGUGAGAUGUCAUCAGCCCUAAUCACAAAUGCUGGUGACUCAAAUCCAACAUGGGUCAAUGCGCGAACUUAAAUUGUACACCACGUAGUGAGGUUGUAGCAACGACGGACAUUGCCGGAAACGGGGUUUUAUACGCCUUCAUCAUCUCAGCUAUCUUGACCAUCGCGGCAAUCGCAUUUGCCUAUAUCUCGGACUCGCUACCAGAAAGCUAUCUCAACGAAGUCGACCGCGCCGUGAUAUCAGCUGUUCAAUCCAUCCUACCCUCCCGGGAAACUCUGCAUCGACUAUGGACGAAACUGAAACCAUUCCUCACGUUCGGCCGCCCAGCAAGCAGCGAACCUCGCAUGCUCACCCGGAUGGAACGUCAAGAAGCCGUGACGCGGUUCGUCCUCGCGCUGAGCGACCAACAACUAGCCACCGGAUUAGCCAUCUUAAUCGCAAGUCUCGCAAACCAAUGCACCUUGACCGUCUAUGAAUUCGAGCUCGCCUUCGCCCUCGCAUGGUUCUCGUCGACGACCCAUCUGGCCACGCUAGACGUGCUGCGGGUGUACUUCCACCACCACCAAGUCGUGCGGAACUGGCGCGUGUUUGGCAUGAUAGCAUUGCUCAUCUUGCUGCUCUAUUCACUCGUCAUGUCUGUGGGUUCGGUCGACGAGACGCUGCCUGUGCAGUGCACAUAUAGGUAUUUUGGCUACGACGGCAUCCGGAGUACGAAUCCGCUCAGUGUGUAUCUGAUCAUUGCCUCUGUCCUGGUCCCGCUCAUUCUCGUCUGGAGCUACAUCGUGCGGAUCUACUGGUGCUACCGGGUUCUGGACGGGAAGGCAUCCACGCUGGAGCGAAUUGUGUUCAACAUGAAGAGCCGUUCACUGCGAAGGAAAUUCCGGCCGUCCAAGUCAGAAAAGGAAGCGCUAUUGAACGAAGCCGUACUGGAGCGACGGGCGAUAGUCCGACGUCGACAUUUGGAGCGUAUAGGCUCGACGAGGGGAAUCGUGCGGCAGUGGCACAUUCAGAGUCGGGCGUCGAAAGAGUACAACGGGUCGUUCCUUUCUUUCGGUCCGUUGGUCAUCUUCAUGGUGGCUUUUGGGUUUUCUCAAUUGUAUGUCACUAGAUGGGAUCCGAAUGUUCCUGUCACCAUAGACGAGGCUAUGAGUUUCGGGCAAAUCAUGCCUCUGUUUCUACUAGUUUUACCUAUCUUCGCUGCUGCGGAGAUAUACUACGAGGUCAAAGGCGGCGGCCACGUAGAGACAUCAGUCGACGACAACCCCGACACCAACGAAGGCUACGCCUUCCCAUCCUUCAUCCCACCCUACCGCCGCGCCUCCUUGGUAUCAUCCAGCGGCGCCGACGACGACCGCGAGUUCUCCCAACUGCUCAAACUAAGUGAACUCUACGACGAAGAGCUCCCCCACAUCAAACGCCUCUUCUACCUCGAAGCAAAGACCAUCUCCCUCCGAACAGCAUCCGCCACCACCUGCGAGGAGCACAAAGCCGCACUCGAAUCGCAAGCCGCGAUUCUGUCUCGAUUCUACGCGCUCCAGCACAUGGAAACAUCACUGGCGCCGUCGUUCCUCAGAGCGUCGGUCGAGUUCUUGGUCAAUUCCGGGUGCAGUCUGGCAUUUGGGAUUCUGAUCAAUAUCGAUGAUCCCAGGGCUACGGGGACGAUUACGAGUGUUGUUAUUUUGGCGUGCUAUUUGGUGAAUGAGGGCAUUAAUCUGUCGUUUGAUGUUAAGGAUGCUUGGUUACCAGUCACGGCGGGGGAGUAUGAGAGGGUGUUGCUGGAGGUGAGGAGGAGGGAGGGGGAGAGAGGUGGGUGUGAUGAUUCUCCUGAUGCAAAUACGCCGGUUCUGCCGAUUGUGGAUCCGGGGAGUGGUAAAAAGGAGGCAAUCAUGCAUGGGGAAACGACUGAGAAGAAGUGAGGGAGGAUACUGAAUAGAUGUUGGGCGACUCAUCAAGUUAGAUUCCUAGUCUAGUUGUAGGCACAAACUAUAGAGUACAUAAUACAUGGGAGAAUAAUCAUAAAGCAAAUAACUAUUUAGACAACUGCUUAAAC